UUAUAUUCCCUCAUGAGUAACUCCAAUUAUUAGUAUAUAGUUUCGUUUUGGUUUAAAGUAAUGUAAAUUUAGUGUAUAGUAUAACGCCUCUGGUCCAAUAAUUUGUAGAUUUGCAGUAAUUUCCGCUCCACAAAUUCUGAUCGGUAUUUUUACACAAGAAUACCGCUGUCAAAAAUUUUUGUGCGAUUACAUAUAUAUGGAGUUGAUUUCCCUAUCAAUUGAUGUGAAAUAAUUUAAUUCUAUCAACUAUCAAACUCAUUCAACAUUGUCUAAGUAUGUCUGGAAUUCAAAUUGCCAUCGAUAGAGGUGGAACCUUUUGUGAUGUUAUUGCUAAAAUCCCUAAUCAACCAGAUUAUGUAUUCAAAUUGCUUUCAGUAGAUACCCUUAACUAUAAAGAUGCUCCAACUGAAGGUAUUCGUCGAGUAUUAGAGAAAGUUGAAGGUAGAUCAAUACCUAAGAGUGAAAAAUUGAAAUUGGAUUUAAUUGAAAGUAUUAGAAUGGGUACUACAGUUGCUACCAAUGCGUUAUUGGAAAGAAAAGGUGCCAAAGUUUUAUUAGUUACUACUAAAGGGUUUAAAGAUGUAUUGGUUAUUGGUAAUCAAACGAGACCUAUUAUUUUUGAUUUAACAGCUAGGAAAUUAGGUCAUUUAUACCAGCUGGUAUUGGAAGUUGAUGAAAGAGUCACCAUUGAGAACUUCUCUGAAGGUGGUGGUGAUAAAUUAAAAGUUGAUGUCAAUUCUGAUCCUAGUUUUACAGUUGGUAUCACUGGUGAUAUCAUUAGAGUUAUGAAAAAACCUGAUUACGAAGUUAUAAAGAGUGAUUUACAAUCAAUUUAUAAUAAAGGAGAAAUCAAAUCCGUUGCAUUAUCAUUAUUACAUUCAUAUACUUAUCCUGAACAUGAAGCUAAGAUUGCCAAAAUUGCUAAAGAUAUUGGAUUUAAAGUAUCUGUAUCUCAUGAAUUACAACCUAUGAUCGGUAUAGUGAAUAGAACUUCUUCAACUGUGGCCGAUGCAUACUUAUCUCCUAUUAUUCAAGACUAUAUCCAAAACUUCGGUGCUGGAUUUGAAGGUGGUCUUGAUGCUUUCGGUAAUAAAUUAUUAUUCAUGCAAUCAAAUGGUGGUUUAUGUCCAUGGUAUAAGUUCACUGGUUUAAAAGCCAUCCUUUCUGGUCCCGCUGGUGGUAUGGUUGGAUUCGGUGAAACUUGUUUUGAUUCAGUUUCAGGAAAAGCCACUAUUGGUUUUGAUGCUGGUGGUACUUCCACUGAUGUUUCAAGAUAUUCAGGUAAUUUAGAACAUAUUUAUGAAACUGUCGUGAGUCAAGUUAGUUUACAAACUCCACAAUUAGAUAUCUCCACUGUUGCUGCUGGUGGUGGUUCUAUUUUAUUUUGGAGAAAUGGAAUGUUUGUCGUUGGUCCAGAAUCAGCUGGUUCAGAUCCUGGUCCUGCUUGUUACCGUAAAGGUGGUCCAUUAACUGUUACUGAUGCUAAUUUAUUUCUAGGUAGAUUAUUACCUGACUAUUUCCCAAAGAUAUUUGGUCCAAAUCAUGAUUUACCAUUAGAUUAUGAACUCGCAGCUAAGAAAUUUGCAGAAUUGACUGAGGAAAUCAAUAAAGAUAAAGAAGUCGAAGGUAUUAAAUUAACUCCUGAAGAAGUAGCUUGUGGUUUCUUAAAAGUUGCAGUUGAAGCCAUGGCCAGACCAAUCAGAAAUUUAACUGAAGCAAAAGGUUUCAAUACUUCUGAUCAUAAUUUAGCUUGUUUCGGUGGAUCUGGUGGUCAAUUCUCAGUCUCAUUAUCUAAGAAUUUAGGUAUUUCUCAUGUCGCCAUUCAUAAAUAUUCUUCAUUACUUUCAGCUUAUGGUAUUCAAUUAGCUGAUAUUGUAAUUGAAAAACAAUUGCCUGCCUCAUUUGCUUAUUCUAAUGAAACUUUCAAACAAAUUGAUGCCAAAGUUGAAAUAUUAGUGGCUGCUGCCAAUGAAGAACUUAAAGCUACUGCUCUUUCUGAGUUUCAUACUAGAUUGGAAGUAUAUUUAAAUAUGAGAUAUGUUGGUUCAGAUACUCAUUUAUUGAUACCUAGAAUCGAAGGUGAAUAUGAUGCAGAUGAAAAGUUUAUUCAAAGACAUAAAAGUGAAUUUGGAUUUACUUUAGAUAGAAAAGUGUUAGUUGAUGAUGUACAAGUAUUAUUGUAUGUUGAAAGUACUCACAAGGAACCUCAAAAUCCAUUUGAAGAAUUAAAUAAAUUAACUACAACUACUGUUGUAACUGAUGCUGAUGAUAAUAAACUAGUAUAUUUUGAAGAUAAUGGUUGGUUGAAAUCUUCAAUUCAACAAUUACCAAACUUAAAGAAAGGAACUACUAUUAAUGGUCCAUCUAUUAUUAUCGAUAAUACUCAAACUAUUUUAGUUGAACCAAAAUCGAAAGCAGUCAUUUUACCAGAUCAUAUUCUUGUUCUAGUAGAUCUUGAAAAUGAUAAGAAAGUAUCUCAUGAAGUGGUUGAUCCAAUUCAAUUAUCUGUCUUCGGUCAUCGUUUUAUGUCCGUUGCUGAACAAAUGGGUAGAACUUUACAACAAACUGCUAUUUCUACAAACAUCAAAGAAAGAUUAGAUUUCUCAUGUGCAAUUUUCGACGCCAAUGGUGAUUUAGUUGCUAAUGCUCCACAUGUUCCAAUUCAUUUAGGUGCUAUGUCAUUUGCCGUUAAAGCUCAAAAAGAUAUUUGGGAAGGCAAACUUGAACAAGGUGAUGUUCUUGUUUCAAAUCAUCCUCUGGCUGGUGGAUCCCAUUUACCUGAUAUAACUGUCAUCACACCAGUCUUGGAUAAAGACAAUAAACCAAUCUUUUGGACGGCUUCAAGAGGUCAUCAUGCUGAUAUCGGUUCUAUUUCCGCUGGUUCUAUGCCACCUAAUUCUAAAACUAUUUUUGAUGAAGGUGCUGCUAUCGUUACACAUAAAUUAUGUGCAAGAGGUGUGUUUGAUGAAGAAGGUAUGACUCGUAUAUUACUUGAAGAGCCAGCCAAACAUCCUGGUGGUUCAGGUACUAGAACAUUAGGUGAUAAUAUUUCUGAUUUGAAAGCUCAAGUUUCAGCUAACUAUAAAGGUAUUACUCUUUUGAAAAAGUUAGUGGAUGAAUUUAGUUUAAAUGUGAUCAACUUAUAUAUGGGUGCCAUUCAAAGUACAGCUGAAGUAGCAGUUAGAAAUUUAUUAAGAUUAGCAUUUGAGAAAUUUGGUGGUCAUGAUUUGAAAGCUAUAGAUUAUUUAGACGAUGGAACUGCCAUUGCCUUACAAGUCACGAUUGAUCCUGAAUCUGGAGAUGCUGUAUUUGAUUUCACAGAAUCGGGAGAUGAAAUUUAUGGUAAUUUGAAUGCUCCAAGAGCCAUUUUAUAUUCAGCUGUUUUAUAUGUAUUAAGAUCAUUAAUCAGUAGUGAUAUUCCAUUGAAUAAUGGUUGUUUGAAACCGAUUAAAUUCCUCACCAGAGAAGGUUCAGUGGUUCAUCCAUCGUUUGAAGCUGCUGUGGUUGGAGGUAAUGUUGAAACCACUCAAAGAAUAGUUGAUGUGAUGUUAAAAGCGUUUGAAGCUGCCGCUGCAUCUCAAGGUACUUGUAACAACUUCACAUUUGGUAUUACAGAUAAAGAAAAUGGAAUAUCAUUUGGAUAUUAUGAAACUAUCUGUGGUGGUGCUGGUGCUGGUCCAACUUGGGAUGGACAAUCAGUAGUUCAAUGUCAUACUACCAAUACUAGAAUCACAGAUACUGAAUUAUUUGAAAAGAGAUAUCCUAUUAUUGUCCAUGAAUACUCUGUUAGAACUGGAUCUGGAGGUGAUGGUUUACAUAAGGGAGGUGAUGGUGUGGUAAGAGAUAUUGAAUUCACUUAUCCAAAUUUACAAGUUUCUUGUUUAAUGGAAAGAAGAUCUUUACCACCUUUUGGUUUACUUGGUGGUGGCAAUGCUUUAAGAGGUAAAAACUAUUGGUUUAGACAUUCUAAAACCAAUCCUAAAGAAUUUAGAAGAAUCUCCCUUGGUGGUAAAUGUACUGUUAAAGUGGAUAAAGGAGAUAGAGUUGUAAUUUUAACUCCUGGUGGAGGUGGAUUUGGAGCUCCAGUCACAAAGAACACCAAACCAAAACAAAAUGGGGGUUCAACUGUAAAUUACCCCAUUGAAAGCUCUACCCCAACCAUUCUUACAGGAUCUGUUGGUCUUAGAUCCAUAACCCAAGAUACUAAUUAGAUAGUAACCAUUCCAUAGAUAUAUAUAUAAUGUGUAUAAAAAUAGAAACUUUUAAUAUUGUCGCAAAUUAUGUCAUAAAAUUCAGCCUGUC